UACUCGAUCUGAAAGCCCACGUUUGAGAUCACCUUGGCUCCUGUUUGGUAAUCAUUUGUUGACCAUGGAACCACAGUGGAACCCGACCCCCUGUGUCAUCCUCCUGCUCAUGGCUACUUCCUACUCUUGGCUCCUUCCUGUCACCCCCACUCAGCGAAUCCCAAUAGACCCCCAGGCGGCACCUGAGUACGCCCACUCCAUCCGACUGGACGGGGACAUCAUCCUCGGCGGAUUAUUUCCCGUGCACUCGAGGGGGGACCGUGGCACACCCUGCGGGGAGCUGAAAAAGGAGAAGGGGAUCCAUCGUUUGGAGGCCAUGAUGUUCGCCAUAGACCUGAUCAACAAGGACCCCGAUCUGCUGCCCAACAUCACGCUGGGGGCCCGGAUCUUGGAUACCUGCUCCAGGGACACCUAUGCUCUGGAGCAGUCCCUGACUUUUGUGCAGGCCUUGAUAGAGAGGGACGGCUCUGACGUCCGCUGCGCUAACGGAGACCCUCCAAUCUUCACCAAGCCGGAUAAAAUCGUAGGGGUGAUAGGAGCUGCAGCCAGCUCCGUGUCCAUCAUGGUGGCCAACAUCUUGCGCCUGUUUAAGAUCCCCCAGGUCAGCUACGCCUCCACGGCCCCAGAACUGAGCGACAACACGCGCUACGACUUCUUCUCCCGCGUGGUACCGCCGGACUCCUACCAGGCCCAGGCCAUGAUGGACAUCGUCACGGCGAUGGAGUGGAACUACGUGUCCACGCUAGCAUCAGAGGGCAACUACGGAGAGAGCGGCGUGGAGGCCUUCAUCCAGAUCUCCAGAGAGACAGGUGGUGUGUGCAUCGCCCAGUCCUUGAAGAUCCCCAGGGAGCCCAAGCCAGGGGAGUUUGACAAGAUCAUCAGACGCCUGCUGGAGACCUCCAAUGCCAGGGCCGUCAUCAUGUUCGCUAAUGAGGACGACAUACGACGAGUUCUGGACGCAGCUAAAAGGAACAACCAGACGGGUCACUUCCUGUGGGUGGGUUCAGACAGCUGGGGGUCCAAAAUCUCACCUGUGGUUCACCAGGAGAAAGUGGCCGAGGGAGCCAUCACUAUUCUUCCCAAACGAGCAUCUGUGGAUGCGUUUGACCGGUAUUUCCGUAGCCGCUCGCUGUCCAACAACAGAAGAAAUGUUUGGUUCGCUGAAUUCUGGGAGGAAAACUUCAACUGUAAGCUGGGGAUGCACGGUAAACGGCCUGGAAGCCUGAAGAAAUGCACAGGUUUAGAAAAGGUUGGUCGUGAUUCCACUUACGAACAAGAGGGCAAGGUUCAGUUUGUGAUGGAUGCGGUGUACGCCAUGGCUCACGCUCUGCACCGCAUGCACCGGGAGCUCUGCUACGGAUACCCGGGCCUCUGCCCUCGCAUGGCCAACAUCGACGGCAAAGAGCUGCUCAGCUAUAUUCGUGCUGUCAACUUCAACGGAAGUGCCGGUACACCGGUGGUUUUCAAUGAGAACGGAGACGCUCCAGGAAGAUACGACAUAUUCCAGUACCAGCCCACCAACAGGUCCACUGCAGAGUACAGAGUCAUCGGCUCCUGGACCAAUAAACUUCAUCUCAAAGUGGAGGCCAUGCGUUGGAAGAAAGGUGACACAUCUCUCCCACCCUCUGUAUGCAGCACCCCAUGCCGUACGGGCGAAAGGAAGAAAGUGGUCAAAGGUGUGCCGUGUUGCUGGCACUGCGAGCGCUGCGAGGGCUACCACUAUCAGGCAUCAGAGUUCACCUGUGAGCUUUGUCCAUAUGAGAUGCGACCUGACGUCAACCGCACCGGCUGUGUUCCCAUCCCGAUCAUCAAGCUGGAGUGGCACUCCCCCUGGGCCAUCUUCCCCGUCUUCAUCUCCAUGCUGGGGAUCAUCGCCACCUCUUUCGUCAUCGUCACGUUCGUCCGGCACAACGACACACCGAUCGUGCGAGCGUCGGGCCGGGAGAUGAGCUACGUGCUGCUCACGGGGAUCUUCCUGUGCUACGCCAUAACGUUCCUGAUGAUCGCGACCCCCGACGUGGGGGUGUGUUCAUUCAGGAGGAUUUUCUUGGGCUUGGGGAUGUGUUUCAGCUACGCAGCGCUGCUCACCAAGACCAACAGGAUACAUCGCAUCUUUGAACAAGGGAAGAAGUCUGUAACGGCACCCAGGUUGAUCUCUCCCGCCUCGCAGCUGGCCAUCACCUUCUCACUCAUCUCAGUUCAGCUGCUGGGCGUCUUCGUCUGGUUCGCGGUGGAUCCUCCGCACACGGUCGUGGACUACGGUGAGCAGCGGACCCAGGAUCCCUUGUCGGCGCGCGGCGUCCUCAAGUGUGACAUCUCGGACCUGUCCCUCAUCUGCUCCCUGGGUUACUCCAUCCUGCUGAUGGUGACGUGCACAGUCUACGCCAUCAAGACGCGAGGUGUUCCCGAAACCUUCAACGAGGCAAAGCCCAUCGGAUUUACCAUGUACACCACCUGCAUCAUCUGGCUGGCGUUCAUACCCAUCUUCUUUGGCACGUCACAGUCCGCAGAGAGGAGCGUCCUGGACGGGCAGUUACUGUUUAACCAGGUUCAUUCAUCCUCUUCCGUCACCCAAGGCUUUAUCAUGUAUAUCCAAACUACAACCCUGACCAUCUCUCUCAGCCUGUCUGCCUCUGUGUCUCUGGGGAUGCUCUACAUGCCCAAGGUCUACAUCAUCCUCUUCCACCCCGAGCAGAACGUACCCAAACGAAAACCCAGCUUCAAGGCAAUUGUGACAGCUGCCACCAUGUCGGGGAAACUCAGCCAGAAGGGAGGAUACCGGCCCAACGGAGAGGUGAAGACUGAGCUAUGUGAGAGCAUGGAGACCAACAGUGACUUCAUCAACUAAGACGACAUAUGUCAGCUACAGCAAUCAUGCCAUUUAAUGGGACCACAGAGGAUGACGAAAAGGGAACUGACAGAAGAGGGGGCGUGUCCUGGGGCAGUGCCAAGCGAAAGAAGGAGCGGUCGUUCUUGGCCGAUUGGACGGAGAGCUGGCGGACGGACUGAGCGCCCAAUGGAAUCCAAGCAUGAGACAUUUUGUAUUGUUCCGCAUCACACCACAGAGAGGUGGGACCACAUAAACAGCCAGUCAGUGUGCCUGCUUUCCCGCUGCUCACAGCUCAUUGGUCCUACCAUGAACUUACCUGUUUUAAAAAGAAGAAAAAAAAGAGACAUCAUGAAAAAAGUGACAUUACCAUAGGACACUGUGGUGGACAGAGUAACUAUUAAAACCUACACACAAAAAAAUCAUAAAAAUGAAAAGAAAAAGAAAAAAACUCAGACCAUGUAGACAUUAUAUCUAAAAGGGCAAAAUGUGGGGCUGGGACAGAGAUUUAACAGAUUCCAUUUUAAAAGAUAUUUAAAAAGAGAAAUGUAAGAGAACAUUUACGAGAUUCAAACAUGUUUGUUGUUAUUCUCUACUUGUAAGUAUUUUUGUGGUUGUGACGAUUUUUUCAUUCUUGUCUCACCGUUGUCCGAUGGAUCGCCCUUGCAUAAUGAGAUGAGUGUGUUUCCUCCUGCUGUCUUGGCUAACCGGGUUGUAGCCUUGGGUUGUGAACCUGUAAAAUGCCAUGGUUGAAGCAUGCCAGUUUUUUUAUACAAAAAGGAGAUUUAUUUAUAAUAAAGGAAUGUUUUGCAAAUG